AUGCAUCCAGAGAUUCAAAAGUCGGGAAUCCCACCUUUCCAACGCAAAUUACAACAACCACUUGAGUUACAAGAGCAAACUGACCCUGGAUCUCUUGUGAAACAAAUUGAUGCAGCAAAAGAAAAGGCGAGGUUGUUGUACGAUGAGAUAAUCAGCGUCAAAAAGCGAACCCAGGACACCACCUUGCAAAGGUCAUCCGUCAACGUUGCAACAAUACCUCGCGAUUCAUGCAAAUUGAGGUUAUACAAUACUUUGCGUGGACACCAAAACAAGAUUGCCAAAUUGUGUUGGAAUGCAGAUUCAUCAAAAAUCUUGUCCGCUUCACAGGAUGGUUACAUGAUACUUUGGGACACAAUAACUGGGUUUAAAAAGCAAGCUAUUCAGUUGGACAAUCCUUGGGUGCUCACAUGUAGUAUAUCCCCCAAUGAAAAGCUAGUGGCUUCGGCUGGAUUGGACAACAACUGCACAAUAUACAAAAUCAAGCCCGACACUACAAACAACCCGGUUCAAGUGCAACAGCAAUUUCGAAGCAACGCCUUCCCCAUGCAAACGGGCUUCUUCCAAUCAGUCCAAUCAAUUUUCAAAAGCCACGCUGCAUACAUUUCAGAGUGUGAGUUUAUCGGGAACAACUCAAUUGUGACCGGUAGUGGUGACAUGACUUGUAUGUUGUGGGAUAUCACAAAGGGGUCCAAAUCCCGUGACUUCAUUGAUCAUGUAGGAGAUGUAUUGUGUCUCACUGUGUUUCCAACAAAUAUCUUGCUGGACAAUCUUUUCAUCAGUGGAUCUUCAGAUGGGUACGCUAAAGUAUGGGAUUUGAGACUGCCGACACCAGCACAAAGUUUCAGCAUCUCCAAUAGUGAUGUAAAUUGCGUUAAAGUGUUUCCAGAUGGGAAUGCGUUUGCUGUUGGUUCAGACGAUGGUCAAAUCAGAUUGAUUGAUUUGAGAAGUGACUGCGAAUUGGCCCACUAUUCUUUGAACCUGGAACUCCGAAACAUGCAUGAAAACGCAGCAAUUCAAAGGUCACCCACGACGCCGCAGGAUAGAAGGGCUUACGCCCUUGGAAAUAGCUUUUCGAUGUUAACACCGUCGAGCGCUCCAGUCAAUGCGUCACUAGCCUCCAGUGACAGAUUGAGUAUAAGCUCUAGGAACUCAACCUUGGAAAAUUCCGGUGUGUUUUCCCUUGAUUUUGGAAAAAGUGGAAGAUUGUUGUAUUCUUGCUAUUCGGACCACGGAUGUGUUGUUUGGGACACUUUGAAAAAUGAAAUUAUUGGCACCCUAGGAAGCGAACAUUUGAACAAAAUAAGUAGAGUUGCUGUUAGUCCUGACGGAGUUGCAUUGGCAACUGGUUCUUGGGAUUCUACAAUCAAAGUAUGGAGCGUAUAG